CAUGUUGGACAACAUAAAAAGGAAAAUGUUUUGAUUAUUAAUCAACUAUAUUUAAACAUAUCAUCGAAGAAGAAGAAGAAGAAGAAGAAGAAGAAGGAUAAACAUUUUGGAUGAGGAUUAGGUUGAUGAUAAUCAGGGUGAUUCAAAUAUAGACAAAUACUUAGGUCGCUUUGCGCGUUGUGUAUCGAUAAUCGUUGAACAAAAGUUAAAUUUAGGUGAUCGGCUUGGCCGUGUAUACGCUUCGUCGAUAAUUUUUUUUUCUCCGCGAGAAUCAAUCCCCUAGAAAAGUGACAGUGUCCAAAGGAAAUUAUCGAAGGAUAAUCGUGAUCAUCUAACGAUGAUCUAAUAGAAGAAUAUAUAGAAAGCUAUUUGCGUGCGUGGUAGUCACAGAUUAUUGGCCCGGUGGGAAUCGGAUAAAAGCUUUUCCGUAUCUCUUAUUUCCAUACAUUUUGUGUGACGUCGACAAAUAUAUACACAAUUUUGUUGUAUAAACGAACUGAAUAAUAGAGCGAAAGAGAGGAAGAAGACAAAAAGACAAAUAGAGAGAGAGAGAGAGAGAGAGAGAGAGAGAGAGAGAGAGAGAGAUAGCGAUAAUCGACGAUGUUCAAAUGCUGCGUUUGCAACAAGAGUUCGAGGAAGGAAAAAGUAUUGGGCAAUGAAAUGACCAGCAAUAAAUCGUCAGGAAAUAAAGUCGGAGAUUCAUCGAUAAAAAUCGAAGACGAGAUGCGAGAAGAGAUGAAGGAGAAGGCUAACGGUGAGAUUCAGAGAUGCGAGAAGGAAGCAUCUUCUUUAUUGGAAAAUCACGUAGUUAGCUCGGAAAAAUUAACUACGGGUAAUGACGAGAAGGAGGGUAGGAUUGAAAAAGCUGAGAGAAUCGAGAAAGACGAGGGUGGAAUGUUGGAACACGAGGAAGGGGUGUUAGAGGAGACGGAUAGGGAACGAGACUCGAAAGGAACGACUAAGGGGACUGGAAACGCGGGGAAAGACGAGGAGGAGAAUGGUGGUGGUGAUAUCGGUGGCGUUGAAACGACGAUACCUUCUUCCGCUACUAGCAUCAAAGUCGUAGUUAAAUCGAAUCUUUACAAUGGAUCGGGUUAUAUUGAGCGAACGAUCGACGACGGUCCCGAGGAGGAAGGGGACGAUUCCGUUUUCGAAUCGUGCCCGAACGAGAACGAGAAUGAUAAUGAAAACGAAACGACUGGGAAAGCUACGACAGUUUCUGCGAUUCCACGUUGGCUGUCAGAAGAGGAAGAAGCUGAUCCGGGAUCGGAGGGAUGCAGCGGUAUGCAAGAACCCCCUGCUACUCCUGUAGCUCGCGACGAGCUUGCUCUAAGGCGACACAGGUUCUUCUCCGAUUUGCUACAGGCUACGCAGAACUCCUCGGAGCACAGAGUGAGAUUCGACCCGCUAGGACCGAUGGUGCACGCCGGUUGCGAAGCAAACGACAGGGAAGAACAUUUGGAGGAUUUGGUGAAUCGACUUGAGAACGUAACUAAGCGAUUGGAGAGAGUACCGGCACAGUCUACUACAGCUCAAACUCAAGAAACCGCGGUGCAAACUAACACCCCGUCACCGAAGAAACCGCAAGCGGCGUCGACGAGAAACACAGCGGCGUCGCCUUUAUCCUCGCCCGAAAAAGCAUCGAUAAUUCGUUCGAUCAACGGCAGCGACAACAUGUCAAUAGCAGGAUACGAGAAUCUUUUGGCAGGAUCGGUGAAGGAAUAUCUUCAGUUGAGUCAAAAGAUUGGCGGGGAUGUAGCUACUCACAGUGAAAUGGUUGAGAAAGCUUUCCAAAUCCAACUAGGUUUCAUCCAAUUGGCUGCGACUCGUUCGGCGCCGACGAAUCAAUCCGAACAAAUGUCUCUACUUGCACCGACCUCGGCGCAGAUUCAACAGAUACAAGAAUUUAGCGAGAAGAAUAGAAAUUCGGCUUUCUUCAAUCAUCUCGCUGCUAUCAGCGGAAGUAUUCCAGCAUUAGGAUGGGUCGCGGUUUCGCCGACGCCAGCUCCUUACGUAAAGGAAAUGAACGAUGCCGGACAAUUUUACACCAAUCGCGUCUUAAAGGAUUGGAAAGAGAAAGACAAAACGCAUGUGGAUUGGUGUAAAGCGUGGGUACAAGCAUUGACCGAUCUUCAGCAAUACGUUCGACAACAUCAUACGACGGGAUUGGUAUGGGCCAAGUCUGGUUCUGCGCCAGUGGGGAUUCCACCACCACCACCACCGUCGAUGCCUUUGCCCGACGUCUCUGCUUUGAACGUCAGUGACGAUAGAAGUGCUCUCUUCGCUGAAAUUAAUCAAGGGGAAGGUAUCACCAAGAAUUUGAAGAAAGUCACGUCGGACAUGCAAACUCAUAAGAAUCCGUCUUUAAGAACCGGACCAGCUCCAUUCAAAGCUCCGGUUCUUGGCAACGCAAUACCAGCAAAAUCAGUACCACCUGCUAAUGUACCGAUCGAUAAACCGCCAGUAUUUACCAAAGAUGGUAAAAAAUGGCUUGUGGAAUAUCACAAGGGUAAUAAAGAUUUGCUCGUCGACAACGUCGAGAUGAACAACGUCGUGUAUAUGUUCCGUUGCCAGGACAGUACAAUGGUCGUCAAAGGAAAAGUAAAUUCCAUCGUGAUGGAUUCUUGCCGCAAAUCAUCGGUCGUAUUUGACUCGGUCGUUUCGAGUAUCGAGUUCGUCAACUGCCAAAGUGUACAGAUGCAGGUACUCGGUAAGGUGCCAACUAUUUCGAUCGACAAAACGGACGGCUGUCAAAUGUAUCUCAAUUCGGAAUCAUUGGAUGUCGAGCUCAUAACCAGCAAGUCUAGCGAAAUGAAUGUCAUGGUGCCGAAAGGAAAUGGAGAUUACACGGAGUAUCCUGUUCCGGAACAAUUUAAAACGACCAUCAGUCCGAAGGGCCUCAGCACAAUUGCCGUCGAUUCACUCGGCUAAAAUCCCUAAUAACUCUAUUAAUCGUAGCCUAAAUAUCUUUCUAACAGUACGAUUCAUUAGAGGUAUCAUCGUUAAGGAAAUCAUCAAUUUAUUAUUAUUUAUUAUCUUCUCGAAUAAGGUAUCAUCGAGGUGAGAGUUUCGUGCUACGAUCGAGGGCUCGCAAAGGUGUGCGCGCCACGAAUUGAUUUAUAUCCAACGUAGAAUUGAUCCUUUCUUUCUUCCUUUCGAGAAACGCGAGAGAGAGACUAGAGGUAAUAGAUAAAUUCUCAUUUAAGAACAAAAAGGAAAAAAAAAAAAAAAAAGAAAAAGAAGAAAAAAUAAACGAUGAAACGAAAGGAGCUACGACGCGUUCGCGUCCUUUGAAACAAAAAAAAAAAAAAAAGAAAAGAACAGAAAGAAAAAAAGAAAAAGAAAAAAAAAAGAUUUCGUCCCGACGAAAAACUUGAAUUUUUAUCGAAAUUACCACGCUAUCGUCGAAAAUCAAAUUAUUAUUCGAAGCUUGAUGGAAAUGUUGGAAAAAAAAAAAAAGAAAAGAAAAAUAGAAAGCGAGAGAAGAACGUAAACCAAUUAACAAAAUUGAUAAUCGAGAUACGAGAACGUAUAGAUGAUGAUGAAACGUGGUAGUAAUGCUCGGGAUGAAUUCAAGUACGGUGUGGACAAAAGUUGUAGCAAUAUUCGAUCCGCACUUUUAUACAUUUACACAAUUUUAUAUGAUGGUAAUCGAACUUUUGUCCAGACCGAACGUCCAAAGUUCGAAUAUUUAUUAGCCGUGGAAUUGUUACUAUUCAGCCAUUAGGAGUGAGUUUUCGCACGCUAGAAAUAUUUGCCAGUAUUAAAAAUAACUCGAAUUGCGAAGCCCGUGGCUCAUUUUUCAUACCAGCGCCAUAUUGAAAUAGUUGAUAAUCAAGUUGGCAUAUUACAACUUUUACAUUUUUCCAAGGCCAUCGAGAGAAGAGAAUUUUCGUUUAGCACCGGCUUGGCAUGUUCUUCCUUCGAGCGUAUAUAUUAUAUUCUUCUCCUCCUUACGUUUUUUCUACAUACUCGUUCGAAAAUCGGAAACGGAAAGAAGAAGACAAAAGGAAAGGAAAGAAAAAAAAAGAAAAAAGACAAAAAGAAAAAAAAGGAAAAAAAAAAAGAAAAGAAAGAAAAGAUAAUUAUUACACGAUAUUCGAUAAAAUAUUUUUCAAAUUUAAUUUAACGCUUCCUCGGAUAACUUUGUAAAUACGUUAUAUGACGCGUUAGUUGAAAAAUCUCGUUGUGUAUUCGGUCCCGAAAAGGAAUGGUCUUGAUGAAGAGAGCAAAAGAAUCGUUAACUCGAAUUUUAAUUCCAAAAGUGUACUGUUUAUCGUGACACAAAUUGCAUUGUGAUUUUUACCAUUCGGUAUAAUAUACUAAUCAUAAGUGUAAGUUAGUCAUUAGUUGUCUAAGCGUAUAAUAUAGUUUAGAUGACAACCAUC